GCGUGGGAGGCGGAGGCGGGUGAGUGAGGAGACAGAGGGCAGCUUUGUGCGGGGCCACCAGCACGCCGGCCUGCUGUCUCCCGGGGGUGCUGCACGGUCCUGGGAACAUGCAGGGGCUCCUCCUUCCCACUCUUCUCCUCGCUGCCCUGUCACAGUUCUGCUGCAGGGCACAGGGCACCCCUGAAGGAAGGCCUGGCGAAGUCUCAGAAGUGCAUCAGCGUAAACAGUUUUGCCACUGGCCCUGUAAAUGCCCUCAUCAGGAGCCCAGUUGCCCUCCUGGAGUGAGCCUGGUGAGGGAUGGCUGCGGAUGCUGUAAAAUCUGUGCCAAGCAACCAGGGGACACCUGCAAUGAAGCCGACCUCUGCGACCCACACAAAGGGCUGUACUGUGACUACUCAGCAGACAGGCCUAGGUACGAGACUGGAGUGUGUGCAUACCUUGUAGCUGUGGGAUGCGAGUUCAACAGGGUUCAUUACCAUAAUGGCCAGGAGUUUCAGCCCAAUCCCCUAUUUAGCUGCCUCUGUGUCAGCGGGGCCAUUGGAUGCACUCCUCUGUUCAUACCAAAGCUGGCUGACACUCACUGCUCUGGGGCUAAAGGUGGAAAGAAGUCUGAUCAAUCAAAGUGUGGCCUGGGACCAUUACAACAGCAGCUCUCAACAAGCUACAAAGCAAUGCCAGAUGCGUGCCAGGCUUUUAAUCUGCUUCCUGUGUUGAGGUCUUAUAACUGUUGUCUACCUUCCAGCUUAUAGGAAUCUCCCACUUAUUUGGAAAAGAAAAUGUCUUGUGCAAGCAACAAAAUGGACCCCUUGUUCCACAACAUGUGGGAUGGGAAUAUCUAAUAGGGUAACCAAUGAAAACAGCAACUGUGAAAUGAGAAAAGAGAAAAGACUGUGUUAUAUUCAGCCUUGUGACAGUAAUAUAUCAAAGACAGUAAAGAUCCCCAAAGGAAAAACGUGCCAACCUACUUUCCAACUCUCCAAAGCUGAAAAAUUUGUCUUUUCUGGAUGCACAAGCACUCACAGUUAUAAACCCACUUUCUGUGGAGUAUGCUUGGAUAAGAGAUGCUGUGUCCCUAAUAAGUCUAAAAUGAUUACCAUUCAAUUUGAUUGCCCAAAUGAAGGGUCAUUUAAAUGGAGGAUGCUGUGGAUUACAUCUUGUGUAUGUCAGAGAAACUGCAGAGAUCCAGGGGAUAUAUUUUCUGAGCUUGAGAUCCUAUAAAACCAAGCACACGGGGGAAAAGUUAAGGUCAGUCAAUCAUGUCAUUAUAUCACAAAAUUAAAAUGGUUUUAAAAGGUUGGCAAAUCUGCCUUAUUGACUUAAAAUAGUAAGAAUGCCUAGCUAUUCUCAGAUGACUGUAUGUAAGACAUUAGAAGCUUUUAAAAAGGUUCUCCUAAAAAUAAUGUAAAAUUUGAAAAGCUUAAAGUAGAACACUAAAAUGUAUCUUAUAAUUUAUGUAAUACACAGAUAUUUGGUUCCAUCUACGUAUUCCAUACAUAAUGGAAAAAUUAC